GGACAGGUUGAUUGAUGUACAUUGUGCCCAACGUUCAAAGCGCGACUACCUCCAACGCACCUUUUGGGAACCACCAUUUGAGAACUGACGACUGUAUCAAAUCACAAUUCGCGACCGGAACGCUAGCAUCCAGAAGCAAACUGGACACCCCUCAACCAAAGACGUUACACACUCUCUCGUCGAUAGAGCACAAGUUGCAUUAUUCAAAGACCGAGGCCCAACCAAGCUCCACCGAGCGGCCAAGUCGUGUCGGUCACCAAUAUGGGGGUUUCUGUGAUUCAGGAGCAACGCGACAUUAUCGUCGAGACCAUAAAGAACAUCACCCAAGGCGACUGGAAAGUCCUCGUGAUCGACGAGCAAUCCAAGAAGAUCAUUGACAAUGUCGUCAAGGAAGAUGACAUCCUCGACAAGAAUAUCGCCAAUAUCGAGCGGAUAGAGGAGAGGCGCGAGAUGAACCCGACCAUGGACGCCAUAUACAUACUUUCCCCGCUACCUCAUAUUGUCGACUGUCUCGUGGCCGACUUCGACCGCCGGAGGUACAGAAAAUCGUUUCUGGUGUGGACAGGCGUCCUCGACCCCCAGCUGCGCCGCCGUAUCGACUCGUCGCCUGCCGCCCGCGACCUCAAGGCCGGCUUCGAGACCCUCGCAAUAGACUUUUACCCCCGCGAGUCGCAUCUAGUUACUUUUAGGGACCCCUGGAGCUUUCCCAUCCUUUACCAUCCGGCCUGCAACCAUCUCGUGAGGGACCACAUGGUGCAGUUGGCGCAAAAGAUCGUUGGUGUUUGCGUGACCUUGGGCGAGUUUCCCAAGGUUAGAUACUAUCGCCCUCGGAACCCGACGCACGAGGCGAGCGUUCUGUGUUCCCAUUUGGCCCGCUUUGUUCAGGAGGAGCUCGAAGAAUAUGCUCAAUGGAACCCCAAUUUCCCACCGACGACGUCGCGGCCUCAGGGUGUUCUCGUUGUUACUGACAGAUCCAUGGACUUGAUGGCCCCGCUUGUCCAUGAAUUUACGUAUCAAGCCAUGGCGCACGACUUACUCAAUAUUUCAGAUGGGGAAAAGGUCACAUAUCACAUGACUAUCAACGAAGGCAGCGCGAGGGCGGAAGAGAAGGACAUGGAGCUGCACGAAAAGGACAAGGUUUGGAUUGACAACCGGCAUCGCCACAUGAAGGACACUAUAGACAAGCUCAUGGGGGACUUUCAAAAGUUUUUGGAUAAGAACCCGCAUUUUCGAGAUGAAGGCAACGGCGACGCAACCAAUCUCAAUGCCAUUAAAGACAUGCUGGCGGGCCUGCCGCAGUUCCAGGAGAUGAAGGAGGCCUACUCGCUGCAUCUCACCAUGGCACAGGAGUGCAUGAAUGUGUUUCAAAAGCACAAGCUGCCCGACAUCGCGUCGGUCGAGCAAACCCUCGCCACAGGUCUCGACGAGGACUUUAAGAAACCCAAGAACAUCUUGGACCAGGUGGUGCGCCUGCUGGACGACGAGGCAAUCCCCAAGCCCGAUAGACUGCGUUUGAUAUUGGCCUAUCUUAUCUACCGGGAUGGUGUGAUUCCCGAGGACGUCUCUAGGUUGCUCCACCACUCUCAGUUGCCGCCGCAGGACAAUGAGGUGGUCACCAAUCUCGAGUUGCUGGGUGCCAGAACUACUCAUGCGCUCAAGGAUACGCGACCGCCUCCAGCUCCACUCUUCCCCAUAGAUGUCAAGAACCUUAGCCAGAGCGAGGAAUACGCCCUCUCGCGUUUCGAGCCGGCCGUGAAGCACAUGCUGGAGCACAUUUGCAAGGGGACAUUAGAUCAGACCGUCUUCCCAUAUGUCAAGCCGCCGUUGGACCCGAACGAGGACAUGGUAGCCGGCCAGGGCUCCCUCCGGGCUGCGAAGCCCAGCUGGGCUGGCGCCUCUCGAAGGACGACCGAAAACCGACAGCGCAUCCUCGUCUUUGCGGCAGGCGGUGCGACGCAUUCAGAAACGCGUGCAUGCUAUGAAAUAUCGGCAAAGUACUCCAAGGACGUCUUUAUGACUACAAGUCACAUGAUAAGCCCGAGCUUGUUCAUCCGUCAGGUCACGGACCUAUCGGCAGACAAACGCCGUCUUGAUCUUCCCCAAGAGCGGCCACGACCAAAGGCACCCGCACACCUCUUCGAGCGCGAGCGGCCUACCCCGCCGCCAAUGGGAAUGGGUGGGCCAGGACAGCCGCCCCCACGAGGAGGGAUUCCCGGCAUACAACAGCAGGGCGGCCCCGGAGGCGGCCUGCCGCCGCGCAUGGGAGGAAUGGGAGGAGCGCCGCCGCCUCGCCCGCCUCCUCCUGCGGGAGGAAUUCCCAGCAGGCCUGGACCCCAGCCUCCCACGGCCGCCAUGGGUCAGAUGAGCAUGGGCGGUCAGCCGUCACACGCGCAGGACGAGUGGCCCCCGUCCGGGGCGGGCAGGCCAAGCCCGAGUCCAAACACGAGCCCUGCUCCUGCCAAGCCAGAGAAGGAAAAGAAAAAGCGCAACAUCUUUGGUAUCAAGAAAGACAAGAAGGAAAAGUCAUAAAAAUGAGAGAGCUCGGCUUGUUGAUUUUUUCUCUGAGUGAUUUUUAUGUUAGGGCUUUUUUGCUAAUUUUUCUGUAUUUGUCUCGUCUUCAGUUUUGUUCACUUUUCUUUUUGCUGCAACUCGCUGGCGGAGAGCAGUAUUGACUUGGUUCAUUGGAUAAGCAGCAUGAAGCAUGGCGUUGUUUUGACCUCGUUUAUCCUUUUUGUUUCUCUCCCUUCUCCGGUGUUCUUAGUAUGCCCGCAGGGUUGGAUUGGAGAAAGAAAAGUCUACCCUUUUUCUCAAUGCAUCACAAUGAUCAGAACAUGCCGGCAAGAGCAGCAUACUACGACCGAUGUGCAUGCGGUGGAAUAUUGAUCAUCUUAUCCUGUAGACUCGGCGACUAGUCACAUGGGUGAAAGGCCAUGAGCUGAGAUGCUUUAACUUUCUCUGUAUGCGCGUGGGCGUGUGUGAUAUAGAACAGCAAUUUGCCUUCAUUUCGUACUUUUGUUUGGUGUGAUAGAUCAACCACCCUAGAUACCAGCCUGUGAGCAAGCUCCUCCCAUCACAAAGUACCGAGAAAAAUGCACCAUUUCAUAAAUUCAAGACAAAUCCAUUUUUUUGCCG